UAUCGUUAGUUUGAAAAAAGAAAAAGAAAAAACACUUCCUUGAGGAUCCCAUUCAUUCCCUUCCAAAAAUAUUUGCCAGAAGGCUAAAACUCGUACCUCUUCAAUUCAGUGUUUCUUCCACGUCUAAAGAGCAACCGGGUCCAAAAAAAUUCAGUCCUAAUAAGUUAACAACCCUUCAAAGGGGCCAACCCCACCUCGAAAACAUAGCCCUCUCGGUCAAUGUAAUGCAAUAGAGUCAUAGAGAGAAGGGGCUCGUGUUUUCUCUCUCUUACAUAUACCUAUAGGUAUAUAUAUUGAUUGAUGUAGAUAUAGAUCUGCCAUGGUGAUUUGGUUUUGUUUUAUAGAAUUCUUAGACUUGUAGUGAGGUUUCAAAGAUGACUGGAGGUGGGGAAGCUUCCCAUAAGCGAAGCCCCAGGGAGUUAGCAUGCCAUGCUGGUGCUGGUGCCUCCGCAGGUGUUAUUGCAGCCACGUUUAUGUGCCCAUUGGAUGUGAUCAAGACAAGGUUACAAGUCCAUGGCUUGCCUCCCAAUUCAGGUCAAGGAGGUAGUAUCAUCAUCUCAAGUCUUAAACACAUUGUCAGAACUGAAGGUUUUAAGGGAUUGUAUCGUGGGCUCUCUCCAACAAUAAUGGCACUUCUUCCGAACUGGGCUGUGUAUUUCACAGUUUAUGAGCAACUUAAAGGCAUCCUUUCAAAUGAGGAUGGGGAUAGCCAUCUCUCAGUUGGUGCAAACAUGGUAGCUGCUGCUGGUGCUGGGGCUGCAACAUCCAUUGCAACAAAUCCAUUGUGGGUUGUGAAAACCAGACUCCAGACGCAAGGAAUGAGGCCAGGUGUGGUUCCUUACAAAAGCGUACUUUCUGCUUUGAGGCGGAUUAAACAAGAGGAAGGCAUGCUAGGCUUGUAUAGUGGGAUUUUGCCUUCUUUGGCUGGGAUAAGUCAUGUUGCAAUUCAAUUUCCAGCAUAUGAAAAGAUCAAGUGUUACAUGGCAAAGAAGGGUAAUACAACUGUUAAUAAUUUAAGCCCUGGGGAUGUCGCAAUUGCCUCUUCAGUAUCCAAAGUACUUGCCUCUGUACUGACUUAUCCACAUGAGGUGGUGCGUUCAAGACUUCAAGAGCAAGGGCAGCUCAGAAAUUCUGAGGCCCAUUAUGCCGGUGUUGUUGAUUGCAUUAAGAAAGUGUUCCAAAAGGAAGGUUUCCGUGGAUUUUACCGUGGCUGUGCAACUAACUUAAUGAGAACGACUCCAUCUGCUGUGAUUACAUUUACCAGUUAUGAGAUGAUACACAAGUUCUUCGAGGGCAUUCUGCUUCCUGACAAGAAGCAUUCACAUGCCCAGACUAAAUCCGAUGACCAUGCCAAACCUCAGCAGGAGAUCAAAGGAAAUGUUAAUAGUAACAACACCGUUUCGGGGCAAUCACAAACCCAACCAAAUAAGACUCCCUCUAUUCCUUUGGGAAACAAAGAGCAGCUACCUGCUGCGCACUGAUUGGUGCUGUUUCUUUACAACAUCCCUGUUGGGGAAAUUCUCAACAGAAAAUGAAAUGGACAAGUUAAACGUGAAGGUAAUAAAAAAAUGCAAAAUUCUCUCGCCAAAAUUUUGAUUUAUUUUUAAGGCCUAGGUUGGUUGAUUCAGUUUUUUUUUUUCCUUCCUGUUUUCCGUCCUCAGGCUGUUUAUACUUGGUUUAGUUUUCAAUGCCUGACUUCCGCUUUGGACGUUGGGGAUGAUCAAAGGAUUUAAUGGCAUUUUAGAUAUUUCCAUCCUGUUAACUUUACUUAGGGAGGCAAAAGGAUAUCAUGGUUAGAUUUGGAUGAGCAGGUGUUUAGAAUCUUGACUUGCAGUGUAUGCAUAUGUAUAUUUCGCUUGUUGUCAAGCUUGUAAUUUGUUAGUUCUUCAGAUCAAUUCGAGAGUAGAGUUGAAUGUUGUUGCCGAAACAUAUGCAGAAGAGAAAUUGAAAUGUUGAGGAGGUAAAUUACCUA